UUCUACAAGAUUAAUUGACUGAAGAUUCCGCACACAGUUUUACAUUUUCACUCAAAAGUGCACCUUGGCUCAGCUAUGGACGAAAAAGACGACGAUCUCGGUGCCUUUGAUCCCAACAUACCUGAAGAGGGACCGUCAGCGCCCCCUCCUGGCUGGCUGGAUGUCAUUCAUGGAUACCAGGGUUACAAAGGAGAUGACAACCCUCUGUACCCUCCGCCUCCUGCCUAUAACCCUCAGCCCGAGCAAGACCGAAAUACACUGGUGCCCAAUGUCCGGGUACCCACAGUGUCUGAAGACGUGGCCAGAGAAGCUUUAGUGAAGUUUGCUGAAUCCAAAUGGAGAUACAGCGCCAAACCAGCCCGCAACCUCACCUUUAAAGAUCUCAAAGCCUUCACUGUUUACAGGUACAGACUGGAGACCUACACAGAGACCAGAACCAGUGCCUGGAAAUUUGAGGCGUAUAGUGGACAGCCAGUGGAUGGGCCUCAGUAUGGUGUGAGUCCUCCUCCCUGGGACAUCCCUGUGGCUCUACCUCAGAGGUUUACUGACCUGGUCGCCAAGGUCCGCGUGCCUCACUCCUCUUUUGUGAAGACCUGCCAUACGUGCCAUGGAUGUGGAAGGACUCGCUGUGGACAAUGCUUUGGGCGAGGCAUGAAACGCUGCACUUUUUGCCACGGUCACGGUCGGUCCAGAAAUAAGCGCUGUUCUUCUUGCGGAGGUCGAGGACGCAAAAGGUGCAUCUCGUGUCAUGGUCACGGCUACAAAACCUGCUCAGUUUGUCAUGGCAAACAGAACCUGAUGCACUUCAUUGAACUCACGAUCACAUGGAAAAACAACAUAGAUAACUUUAUUCCCGACCGUCAACCUGAAUUUCCGGACAAGAAGUUUGAGAAAGUGACUGGAGACCCUUUCUUUGUGGAUGAGAGUGCACUGGUUUAUCCGAUCCAAGGCUUCCCUGAUCAGGAAAUUUGUGAAGUCUCCAGAAAACUGAUAACCGAACAUUUUAACCGCUUCAGCACAACCAGCCGCAUCCUCCAACAGCGUCAGACGAUCGAGAUGGUGCCUCUCACUCACGCUCACUACACCUACAACGGCAAAGACUUUGAUUUCUUCAUUUACGGAGUGGAAAACCAAGUCCACGCUGCCAAAUACCCCUCUGCAUGUACUAUUUUAUAACAAAUAUACUCUAAUAUUACAUUAUCCUUAUAUAGAAAGACUAGGAAUAAACUUUAUGCAAUGUUUUAACUUUCCAAACAUUGAAAACACUCCUAUAUGAACAUACUUAUUAUCUGUUGUUCAUUGUGUAGAUUUGACCUCUAUGGCCACUGGUGCCUUGAAUAUGUUGAAGUAGCAAAAUGUAAUUCUCUUUCUGUUUUCAUACAAAAUAGAAUUUAAUUUUAACUACAAGUAGGUAUGAAUGAUCACAUCACACAACUUUUCAAACCUUGGUAACAGUUCUUACAAGAUUACCACUAUUCCAGUCAUGGACCACUAUCUACUACAACCACAACAACCACUAUUACUACUAUGAAAUGAAAUAGUAAAUAUAUAUGUAUCUUAAGUAUAACGUGAUUGUAAUAUUGCAAUUGCCUUUUGGUGUCCAGAAAGGUGAAUUUAUAUGUAAAAUGUAGCCAGUGACCUUUUUCUUUUUUUUUUUUUACAAAUCACUUCUUUUCAAAACCAAUGUAGCUACCUUCUUCAGACUGGUGUCGAGUGAUGCAACAAUUAAUGCAAUAUUGUGUGUAAGGUAUCUUUAAAACUUAUGGACAAUGUGUACAUAUAUAUAUACAUACACACACACACACACACAUAUAUAUAUAUAUAUAUAUAUAUAUAUAAAUAAUCAAACAUUUCAGUAUUCUAAUGUUUUACUACAGUUUUUAUCAGAUUUCUCUAUGCUAACAAUUUUGUAAUCAUUUAUUUUUCGAAGUGCACUUUUGUAAAAUGUUUGUGUAUCAUUUUUAAGCUAGAUAUAUGCAUUUUUUUAAAAGGCUAUAAUGUUUUAUGUUUUAUCUAAAUACCUCUAUCAUUUCAACAGUAUAUUAGGGUCCAGGUUCAUUGUACAACUACUCAAAUACUAUGUACUUCAUAUUAAACUACUCAAGCACA